UGAAACGCCGAGACGCGACCCGUCGUGUGUUUUUUGAUGAUUUCGGAAGCGUAGGCUUGGAACGGAUACCUUUUUUUGCUUCGUCUCUCGCGUAUGUGUGUCGUGCGGGGUGGAAAAUCUUUACUGAUCCCAGUUGGUGGUACUGAGGGACAUCCAAAAUUUUCGUGAGUGGACGGUUAUUAUAGGGUCCUAUUCCGAGGGGUGGUCCCAUACCGUUGAACAUGGAUAAGCCGGGAAAAUGGCUUCCGUGAGAAGUUAUAAGAAGCGAAAAUAGUAAUAAUUUAUAGCCGUUUGGGCGAUUAAGGACACCGCGCUGAGCCGAGGCGGAUGAAGUGUUUUUUGUCCUACCCCUUCCUCAGGAUCAUGUGUGUGCUACAUGCGGUGUUGGAUGACUAGAAUGAUGAUUAUGCUUGCUGCGGUUGAAAGCAAAGCUGAUGAUGACAAUGAUAAUGAUUAUGACGGCUGUCUGAGUGUGUCAGAGAAUAUACGUUGGGGUAUUGAUAUCGCCUCCGAGGACGACCAGGACCAGCACAUCGUCGUUCCGUGGAUGCCGGAAGUGAGAGCCGGAAGUGACAGAGAAAAGUGAGGUGAUAUUAGGAAUGAAAAUUGCUACGUUCAAUCGUGUUUAUGUAAUCGAUGGUGAAGAGAGCGUGUGUGAUCGGAGUGUAAAGUGCUUCCCGAUUACUCAAUAAUUUUUAUCGUGAUUAUCAUGAGUGUGGAAAAAGAAUGCAAAAAUUGCUGAUGAAUGGUAAAAUACCGCCAGGCAACCGAUUUCACCAGUGAUUAUAGUAUGGUACGGGUGGCGAUGAAAAGUGAUUCUAAGUGAUCGUCGGAGCAUCGUGAGGUCGUUUGCUUACGUCGUUGACGACAAGUCCAGCGACAUGACAAGAGCCCGACAAAAGUGUUUAUUUUAAUCCAGAGUGCUGGCGUUCGGUGGGUGUUAUCCUUUAAUUGAGUACUCAAGAAAAAAACAAGAUCCUGAAGUGGCAUACGAUGAGAAUCCGAAUAGAAACAAUGUAUCUGAUGUUGACACUAUAUCUGCUGAAGUGCUGUAACUAGAGUGACGAGUUCUACACAUCCAACCAACAUGUUUUGCGAGUGAAAAACGUAUUUAAGGCACAGGGGUGGAGAUCGUAUGGAAAUUCGUGUUUCAAGGCGCAAGCAAGUGUAUGAAAGAAAAUGAAGCUUUGAAUUUGAUAUUCUAGUAUUGAUAGCGGAAUGUAAAGCAAAACAUCAAACAAGCUAGUGGAAAGCGAGAAAUGUGAAAAGGUGUGUUUAUGUUCAUGAUUGAUCCAAUUUUUCCUACUGGUUGACGGCAAAUCUGACACGUGAUGACAUUUCGUCGGCGAGUGGAAGGUUGCGUAAAACUACCGCAGCGAAGACUGGUGCAGGCUACUCUGGUACACAGCAAAUUGUGUACGAUGCCAAUCCUCGAAGGAUGCCGUCAAUGUGGUGGCAAAUGUAGUGUGAGUGGUACAAGCAGUAAUGGCGGUGAAAAAGUGCUAAAUAAAGCAAAGCUCGCCUCCUACGACACAACAGAAAUGGUAAAACGAACAGCAGUGUUGUUGGCAGUGGUUGCCUUGGCGACGGCAUUUCCAGCCAGCGACGGAAGCUAUGCCGACACGGAAGAUUUGAUCAAUGAACUAGACAGACCAAUUCCCAUAACGAUGGUGAGUGGUGUGCUCGGUAAGCAGGCCAGUCUUCCGUGUGACAUCCGACCACUGGAGCGAGACGAUGCCGUGUACAUGGUGUUCUGGUUCAAGGAGGAAGACAGCGAACCACUCUACAACUUCGACAUUCGAGGACGCCAGGUUGCACAGGCACGUCUGUUCUCCGCAGAAAAGUACUUUGGCAAGAGGGCAUUCUUCCGAGCGACGACCCAUCCGGCCCAGCUGUUGGUGGACGAUCUAAAACUCUCCGACGAAGGGGUCUACCGGUGCCGGGUGGAUUUUCGCAACUCGCCCACCCGGAAUGUUAAAAUUAACUUCACUGUUGUAGUUCCGCCGGAUCGGCCCGUUAUCUACGACGCCAGGCGGCGGGAGAAGACCAACACCGUCGAACCAUACAGCGAAGGCAGUGACAUUCAGUUGGUUUGUGAAGUGAAAGGAGGUCGACCCCGACCAAACGUGACGUGGUACCUGGACAACAUGGUGAUAGACGAGUCGUACGAGACUCGGCCGGAUGGCACGACAGUCAAUCAUCUCUCCUAUCCGAACAUUGGACGGCAACAUCUGGACGCCCGAUUGAUGUGCGUGGCGAGCAACACAAAUCUAACGCCCCCAAAUAACAAGGUUGUGGUGCUGGACGUUAAUCUGAAACCGGUAGCAGUGCACAUCAUGGUUAAGGAAAAAUUUGUGUCGGCGGACAAACUAUACGACAUUGAGUGCAAAAGUUCCGGUUCAAGACCGGCAGCAACCAUUUCGUGGCACAAAGGAACAUCCCAAAUAUUUAAAUCCAAUAAAAAUUUUUCAGAAACCGGCAAUCAAUCGCUCAGCGUCCUUUCUAUCGUACCAACGGUGGACGACGAUGGAAAAUACUUAACCUGCCGGGCGGAAAACAGUCUCAUUCCCAACAGUAGCAUUGAAGACAAAUGGAGGCUCGUGGUGCAUUAUACGCCAAUUGUUACACUAAAAAUGGGAUCAUCGUUAAACCCAGACGACAUCAAGGAGGGUGAUGAUAUAUACUUCGACUGCCACAUACAGUCGAAUCCGAAACCGUACAAACUGGCGUGGUAUCAUAACGGAAAUGAAUUACACCACAAUGUCACAGCAGGCAUCAUCUUGUCGGAUCACUCGUUGGCUUUACAAGGCGUCUCGCGAAACCUGGCCGGUGAUUAUACUUGCAUGGCUGCCAACACUGAGGGGCGGGGAACCAGCAAGGAAGUUGAGUUGCGUGUCCGCUAUGCACCCGUUUGCGCAACGGACCGUGAAGAACUGCUCGGUGCACUCAAGCACGAAACACUGCAACUCAAGUGUGAGGUGGAUGCAUCUCCCCCGGCAGAAUCCUUUCAUUGGACGUUCAACUCAUCCGGCGAGCAAACAGAGCUACCGGCGAGACUUCAUUCCAGUGAGACCGGCUUAUCACGGCUUAAUUACACACCUACGUCUGACCUGGACUACGGAACGAUAUCAUGCUGGGGACGAAACGCCAUUGGAGAGCAAAAAACGCCGUGUGUAUUUCAAGUAGUAGCAGCAGGGCGACCUUUUGCUCUUCAAAACUGCACGAUAUCCAACCAAUCUUCCGAUUCGUUACACAUCGAAUGCAUCGAGGGUUUCGAUGGUGGCUUGCCUCAGAUGUUCCUGCUAGAGCUGGUUGAAGUUCCUGCCCUGAAGCUAGUUAGAAAUUUAAGUUUACAGCAUCCUCCGGUGCAAUUUUUCUUAGAUAAUCUAGAGCCGGGAACGUCGUACCGUAUCAUCUUGUUUGCAGCAAAUGCGAAAGGUCGCUCCGAGCCGGUGAUAGUAGAUGAUAUCACCUUCAAGGGAGUGGCCAAGUAUACUGGUGUAUCCAACGUUAUGAAUGUUCCUUUAUCGCCAGUAUUAGCCGCAUUAACACUUACGGUAGCGAUUCUGUUUGCCGUAGUCUGCAUCGUGCUGGUGACCAUCUAUCGACGACACGCUAGCAAGAACUCAACCAAGAAGCUAAAGUCUGCCAAAAGCGCACAUCUCACCUCGACCCCGAUAGACUGCCAAAUUGACUCAUCUGCACACCAUCAUCACCAUCACCAUCAGACACACGACCCAAAUGGCAUUCAGACGCCAUUGGUGGACGGAAGUGGGACUCUAGGACGACGGAGUCCGCAAAUGUCUGGCGAACCACCGGACGGGGAUGAAACCGAUCCGGAUGUUAUUCCCAAUCAAUACGAGCGACGACCACCGAAAACGGCGCUACCCACACCGCUAUUUCGGAGUCCUUCAGCACGUCUUAUCCACCGUAAUGGCGGUGAACACUUGCUCCACGAAGAGGAGCGCCAUUGUGAUGGAUCCAGUUUGGCUUCACUGACCGGAUCAAACAAUGAAGUACAUCAUUAUUCUUUUAAGCCUAGCAAACAAAUUAGUUAUGCGACCCUGGGUCGAACGAACAAUAGCAGCAAUAGCGUGCAGUCGACGCUGAGUCCCCUCAGUCAUCAGCCAACGUCCGCAAGUACAACGCUGCCACUGCCAUCGAUUGUGGGUGGCGUCGGCGUUGGAGUGAGCAACCUCCUGAGCAGCCCCGCGUCCCAAUCGCUCGUCACGUCCACUCUCAACGAGUACCGGUUUCGACCGGAAGUGGUUACGACAUCAAACCGAAUACAGGAAAGUUGUAUAUAAUAUUUUAUAAGGUGUAUAGUCGUACCUUGCUAGACAUUUGCGGGACUUGUGAAUGCGUUCUACUUCCCUUUAGAUUAAAAAAAGUUUUCUUUUCGUAGCGGGAAUGCUAGACGAAUGUGUAAGUUCGAGCGCACAGCGGAAAUUGAAUGAACGAGAAAAUGAAAUAGAAAUAAUGGUAAACAAAUAAUACUCGAAAACUAUUUUAAGUAGAUCCAAUAAAGGAAAUGAAGCUAACGAAUUAUUGUGCAUCAAAGGGUUAAGAAUCAAUGUGGAUGAAUAACAAGUGAAACUUAUGAAGUUUUAACGAGAAUUUUUAAUAGCGAAUUUUUCCUGAAGAAUGGCGACCGACCUUUGUAAACUAUUAGAAACUAGUACAGUAUUAGAGAGAAAGAUUGAUUUUAAAAGUUCUAAUUAUCUGACUGUUUUCCCGGAAUAGGAAUCUUCUUCUGAAUACCUGCGUUAGAAUGACUUUUAGAAUAAAUCAAAACAAGGAGCGAAAACAAAAACGGUUUGAGAAAUUGCGUUACUGACUGGACAAUAACCGCACACUACUUGGAAGAGAAAUGGAGAACUGGAAAAA